CGAGGGGCCGCAGGUGGCGGAGGGGUGCGCUGAGGAAGCUGAGGUGGAGCUGGGCGGCGAGGAGGAGGAGGAGGAGGAGGGUGGCGGUGCGGGUGCCGCUGAGGACCCCGAGGUGGCCAAGCAGCGGCAGCUCAGAGAGGCCGCCCUGCGUGACCGCAUCGGCGGGCGGCAGGUGGCGGAGGCGCCGGUGCGGCCGCUGAGCGACGUGGCAGCAAAAAUUCUGGCACGGCAGCGCAGCCUGCUGGAGAGGACCCGUGCCAACGCGCCGGUCGGCGAGGGCCCCCCUGCACCUGCUGCAGCUCCUCCCGCCGCCGCCCCGCCCACCUUCAACGUGAGAGCGCUGAUGCAGAGCUUGGCGCAGAGCAAACAACAACAACAGCAGCAACAGGAACGCAAGGUGGGCAGCGCUCCGGCAGCAGCAGCUGCUGCGGCCUCCCAGCACCCGGAGCAGUCGCAGCCCCAUGUGGCGCUGGAGCUGAGGCUGGAUGGGAGCCAGGGGGCGGAGGAGGCGGGCGCGGGCGGCGGGGCGGUGGGGGACGUGCGGAUGAAUGGCGG